UAUAUAAAAAGCAUAAACAGCAACUAAAAUAUUAUUUAAACUAAAGCAUAUUGGUUAGGAUUGAACACUGUGUUACGCUAAGAAAAUUAAUCAGCAUGAUGGCGAAGAUCCUUUUUGUAGCAUUGUUCACAUUGAUAAUAGCAGUCACAAAUAAUCGAGCAUGUCCAACAAAAAUAUGCUCAAGUUCAAGUAGCGUUAACAAGAGCGUCAGUGUAGUAAAGACAUCAAGCGGUGAAGAUAUAUUCGAUAUCUUCAGCAAAUAUGACAAAGAUCAAUUAUGCGCUUUCUACAAAAAGAAAAAUUUAUCUAGUAUUGAGAAUUUGUAUUUGGAUUAUAUCAAGAAUACUUCAGACUCAACCAAAUUGACAGCAUACAAAGAUGCUUUAUAUAAACAUUAUUCAAAGAAUUGUUGUAUUGACACUGAUAUUACUGAACUAAAAGAAAUCGUUAGUUCCGUAACAUCUUCGAGUUCGAGUUCAAGUUCAAGAAGCGUUACCAAGAGCGUCAGUGUAGUAAAGACAUCAAGCGGUAAAGAUAUAUUCGAUAUCUUCAGCAAAUAUAACAAAGAUCAAUUAUGCGCUUUCUACAAAAAGAAAAAUUUAUCUAGUAUUGAGAAUUUGUAUUUGGAUUAUAUCAAGAAUACUUCAGAUUCAACCAAAUUGACAGCGUACAAAGAUGCUUUGUAUAAACAUUAUUCAAAGGAAAGCUCUAUUGACACUGUUAUUACUGAACUAAAAGAAAUCGUUAGUUCCGUAACAUCUUCGAGUUCGAGUUCAAGUUCAAGUAGCGUUACCAAGAGCGUCAGUGUAGUAAAGACAUCAAGCGGUAAAGAUAUAUUCGAUAUCUUCAGCAAAUAUAACAAAGAUCAAUUAUGCGCUUUCUACAAAAAGAAAAAUUUAUCUAGUAUUGAGAAUUUGUAUUUGGAUUAUAUCAAGAAUACUUCAGAUUCAACCAAAUUGACAGCGUACAAAGAUGCUUUAUAUAAACAUUAUUCAAAGGAAAGCUCUAUUGACACUGUUAUUACUGAACUAAAAGAAAUCGUUAGUUCCGUAACAUCUUCGAGUUCGAGUUCAAGUUCAAGUAGCGUUACCAAGAGCGUCAGUGUAGUAAAGACAUCAAGCGGUAAAGAUAUAUUCGAUAUCUUCAGCAAAUAUAACAAAGAUCAAUUAUGCGCUUUCUACAAAAAGAAAAAUUUAUCUAGUAUUGAGAAUUUGUAUUUGGAUUAUAUCAAGAAUACUUCAGAUUCAACCAAAUUGACAGCGUACAAAGAUGCUUUAUAUAAACAUUAUUCAAAGGAAAGCUCUAUUGACACUGUUAUUACUGAACUAAAAGAAAUCGUUAGUUCCGUAACAUCUUCGAGUUCGAGUUCAAGUUCAAGUAGCGUUACCAAGAGCGUCAGUGUAGUAAAGACAUCAAGCGGUAAAGAUAUAUUCGAUAUCUUCAGCAAAUAUAACAAAGAUCAAUUAUGCGCUUUCUACAAAAAGAAAAAUUUAUCUAGUAUUGAGAAUUUGUAUUUGGAUUAUAUCAAGAAUACUUCAGAUUCAACCAAAUUGACAGCGUACAAAGAUGCUUUAUAUAAACAUUAUUCAAAGGAAAGCUCUAUUGACACUGUUAUUACUGAACUAAAAGAAAUCGUUAGUUCCGUAACAUCUUCGAGUUCGAGUUCAAGUUCAAGUAGCGUUACCAAGAGCGUCAGUGUAGUAAAGACAUCAAGCGGUAAAGAUAUAUUCGAUAUCUUCAGCAAAUAUAACAAAGAUCAAUUAUGCGCUUUCUACAAAAAGAAAAAUUUAUCUAGUAUUGAGAAUUUGUAUUUGGAUUAUAUCAAGAAUACUUCAGAUUCAACCAAAUUGACAGCGUACAAAGAUGCUUUAUAUAAACAUUAUUCAAAGGAAAGCUCUAUUGACACUGUUAUUACUGAACUAAAAGAAAUCGUUAGUUCCGUAACAUCUUCGAGUUCGAGUUCAAGUUCAAGUAGCGUUACCAAGAGCGUCAGUGUAGUAAAGACAUCAAGCGGUAAAGAUAUAUUCGAUAUCUUCAGCAAAUAUAACAAAGAUCAAUUAUGCGCUUUCUACAAAAAGAAAAAUUUAUCUAGUAUUGAGAAUUUGUAUUUGGAUUAUAUCAAGAAUACUUCAGAUUCAACCAAAUUGACAGCGUACAAAGAUGCUUUAUAUAAACAUUAUUCAAAGGAAAGCUCUAUUGACACUGUUAUUACUGAACUAAAAGAAAUCGUUAGUUCCGUAACAUCUACGAGUUCGAGUUCAAGUUCAAGUAACGUUACCAAGAGCGUCAGUGUAGUAAAGACAUCAAGCGGUAAAGAUAUAUUCGAUAUCUUCAGCAAAUAUAACAAAGAUCAAUUAUGCGCUUUCUACAAAAAGAAAAAUUUAUCUAGUAUUGAGAAUUUGUAUUUGGAUUAUAUCAAGAAUACUUCAGAUUCAACCAAAUUGACAGCGUACAAAGAUGCUUUAUAUAAACAUUAUUCAAAGGAAAGCUCUAUUGACACUGUUAUUACUGAACUAAAAGAAAUCGUUAGUUCCGUAACAUCUUCGAGUUCGAGUUCAAGUUCAAGUAGCGUUACCAAGAGCGUCAGUGUAGUAAAGACAUCAAGCGGUAAAGAUAUAUUCGAUAUCUUCAGCAAAUAUAACAAAGAUCAAUUAUGCGCUUUCUACAAAAAGAAAAAUUUAUCUAGUAUAGAGAAUUUGUAUUUGGAUUAUAUCAAGAAUACUUCAGAUUCAACCAAAUUGACAGCGUACAAAGAUGCUUUAUAUAAACAUUAUUCAAAGAAUUGUUGUAUUGACACUGAUAUUACUGAACUAAAAGAAAUCGUUAGUACCGUAACACCUUUAAGCUCCAAUUCAGUAAUAUCUUCGUGUGCCUGCAGAUAAUGUGUGUGUAGAAAUAAAAUUAUAUAAAAUUGAGUCAUUGACUUGUAAUUACUUAUUUAAUAAACUUUUCUCUUUUAAAAAUUA